GCUCACAAGACGCAAGCAUACAGAAGCACGAAAGAAGAAGCAGAAUGAAGCAGAAUCACGCAAUUGUCGAGUGAAUGACGAUCACUGCAAGCGUGACUCUUCUCGGCUUGCCGUGUUUGUCAAGCACUCGACUUACGGAUUUGCAGAGUUUAUGUGUCAUCAAUUCCGUGCUUUUCUUUUAUAUCAAAAUUUUACUGUUGCAAAUGCUGGAAGUGACUCCUCGGAGCGUGUGACAGUUGACAGGAAAUAUGAAUUUCAAGGAAGAUGAUUCUGUGCCUUCCUGGGAAUGGCUGAAGUGACGGUGAAGAAGGGUAAAAUGUGGUGAAGUAUGUGUGUUCUCAGAAGCAGUAAAGUCUACUGCAAUAUUGAGGAAUUCGUUUACUUGGUAGGCUUAGGGAGCCUUGUCAUGCCCAAUGACGAUAGAAUCAUGUCGAUUGACGAUUGCAGGAUUCUGUUAAGCCGCCUAUCAAGCUUUUGUUAUCUGGAACGACUAGGUUACAUUGUGGGUCGAUUUUAUGUUUUCUGGACAACUUCUCGUAAGCAAGAGAAAUUUCCAUCUUUCAAGUCAGUUUUCGAUAUGGACUUGCCAUCAAAAAUCAAUGAAAUCUUGUUGCUUUCAAGUUCUUCAGAGAGCCUUGUCAAGUUGAUCUGGAGAGAAGUGCAAUUUCCAAUAUCUGAAUGGAUGGAUGAGGUCGGCUCCGACUUAAUGCCGACGAGGAGAGGCACAGAAAGUUCCAAGAACAACUACCCAGAUCGACAGGAGAAGUACGAGAAUGACGCGGCUUUUCUUCCAUGUGAUGUCGGGAGGUCUAAUCAUUCUCGGGUCGAUUCGCAAGCCAGUCUAGACGCCUUACAUUCUCUUUCUGUUUUGAGUAUAAACAAUGAUGAAGAUCUUUGUGCUUUACUACCUAUGAUUGAUGUAUUCUUGCCAAACGGCCGACAAAAGUCGGCACCAGGCAUACCAACCUUUAGGCUCUGUAUCUCUAGUAAUCAACCGGAUUGAUCUUCGUACCUUAUAGCACAACUGCGGCGGAAUGACGUUCAAAGAUUAUGUUGUUCGGUGCGGGCAUAUCUCCAAUUUUUCUCUUGACACGGUAUCUCUUUCGACUUACCGUGAUCAGCUCUGUCUCAAGGCCCAUGGUCUGAGAUAGUGUUGUUCCGUACCUGUGGAUUUCUCAUUCAUCGUCCAGUAAUGAAGUAGAACUAGGCGGGAAGUCGGCCAUUAAACUUCGAGUUGAUGCAGCCCAGCAAGUAGCCAGGUCCUCUCUUUGAAUCUUGCGAACGUUGUGGAGAUGCAACAUGUCAUGUUUCUGCUCACUGUUCAGAAAGAAGGCCUCGAAUGACCUCAAAAAACAGUCAUCGUGUGCAGGUUAUAUCAGGCUGUACGAAGUAAGGAGAAGAUACUGUUGACUCUCAUCCGAGUGCAACACCUUGGGAGUAGCCUAGCUUGCAGCACAGAUUUACUCCUCUUUUUUUAUGCCGAUCAUUCUAUUUUCAUCCCAACAUGCCUCGAUUUGUCUCAAUUGUUCAGGUAUCGCAUUCAUCUAAAACCUUUAGAUUGCAAUUGACCUAGAUAGAGAUUGCAAAGCGUUCAGCACCUCGAUUGUGGAAACCUAUUGGAUUAUCAGAGGAAUGCAUUCGCACGACUGCAUUACACCUGAUUAUUGUACGACACAGAAGAUGAACACUGAGAGUUCACCAGAAAAAUACAAUCUUUACCAGGGCAUACAUGUUAUCACUGUGGAGCUAUGCAUUUUAACUUCUUUUCUACUUUC